UUCGGGUAAGAACCAGAAGAGUGCAAUGGCUAAUGCCGAAGCAGAGAUUAGCGGCAGAUGGAUAGACCUGGACAAGCUACUCUCGAGGCCUGGCAACCUUGUCGGCCAAUCCUUCUACCCAAGCCCCGACUUGAGAAAUGAUUUGCGCCAGUAUGUGAAGGUUUUAGUGGUGGGCGCAGGCGGGUUGGGCUGUGAGCUGCUCAAGGACUUGGCUUUAUCGGGUUUCCAGAACCUCGAAGUCAUAGACAUGGACAGAAUUGAGGUUUCCAAUCUCAAUCGUCAGUUCCUGUUCAGGCUUCAAGAUGUUGGGAAGCCCAAAGCAGAGGUAGCAGCAAAGCGUGUAAUGGAAAGAAUUAGUGGAGUCAACAUUGUUCCACAUUUUUGCCGAAUCCAAGAUAAAGAUCUUGCAUUUUAUAAUGAGUUUAACAUUAUUGCUCUUGGUCUUGAUUCUAUCGAGGCUCGGAGCUACAUCAAUGAUGUGGCUUGUAGUUUCUUGGAGUAUGAUUCUGAAGACAAGCCAUGUGAAGAAACAAUCAAACCUAUGGUAGAUGGUGGUACUGAAGGUUUCAAGGGCCAUGCUAGGGUUAUCUUGCCAGGAGUCACGCCAUGCUUUGAGUGUACCAUCUGGCUUUUCCCCCCUCAAGUAAAGUUUCCACUAUGCACUCUGGCAGAAACCCCUAGAACUGCUGCUCAUUGUAUUGAAUAUGCCCACCUAAUAAAAUGGGAUGAGGUGCAUGGGGGAAAAGCUUUUGAUGAGGAUGACCCAGACCAUAUGCAGUGGGUUUACUCAGAGGCUGUCAAAAGAGCUGAACUUUUUGGCAUUCCAGGGGUUACGUAUACUCUGACUCAGGGCGUUGUGAAGAAUAUUAUUCCAGCUAUUGCCUCUACAAAUGCGAUUAUAUCAGCUGCAUGUGCACUGGAAGCCCUGAAGAUUGCAACGGGAUGCAGCAAAACGCUAUCUAAUUAUCUUUCGUAUAAUGGUGUUGACGGCCUGCACACCAAAGUGACUGAGUUUGUAAGGGACAAGGAUUGUCCUGUCUGUGGUCCUGGAGUUCUUAUUGAGCUGGAUACUUCAAUCACUCUACAGAAGUUUAUGGAACUACUUGGAGAAUACCCUGGGCUGCUUCUUUCAAAACCAAGUAUUUCAUACCAAGGAGAGAAUCUGUAUAUGCAAGCACCUCCUGUACUGGAAGAGAUGACUCGGUCGAACUUAACCCUACCUCUUUUCAACCUCAUGGGUAAAGUCCCAAAGGGAGUUGUCAAUGUUAGUGGCAUGACCAAGAAGGACGACAAGAAAACAUCAUGCACGAGGAAACUACGAGUUGUGUUCAAGGGAAUUGAUGGAGUGACAGAUAUGGAUAUGGCUAGUGGGGCUUGAUAUUCUUCUACACCUGAUUUUAAUCAAAUUUUUACCCUAGUUAUUUUUUGGGGUUACAAGCUGUCCCUUAAGAAGUUCCAGAGCAUUUUAAUGGCAGUGACAACUUAGGGUGGUGACUUGGGAUUUCUUUUCUCUGAGUUGUUAUAGAGUCAUGAUGUUAUUGUGAGGACAACAUGUUCGGUGUCAUUGCAAAGUUGGGAGAGGAAAAUAUUUUUGAUAUAUUGAGAG